GCAAAAAUGACGACGAGGCUGAUGCAGGCGGCGCGAUGCCCUACGGACAAACUGUCGCUCACCAACUGCGCCAUCAUCAACGAGAAGGAGCCGCAAUUUGAACAGCACGUAACCGUGCGCAACCUAACACAUAAGUAUGUGUUCACCUUGAAAACGCACCCAAGCGUCAACAUGGGCAGCAUCUGCUUCAGUUUGCCGCAGAGAAAAUGGGCCGGUUUAUCAAUCGGACAAGAGGUGGAAGUCUCCACCUACACGUUCGACAAGUCCAAGCAGUGCAUCAGCUCCAUAACGGUGGAGAUCGACUUCUUGCAGAAGAAGAACGCAGACAGCAACCCGUACGACUCUGACGUGAUGGCCAAUGACUUCAUCCAGCAGUUCAACCAGCAGGCUUUCACGAUAGGGCAGCAGAUGGUGUUUAAGUUUGGCGAUAAACCGUUUGAGGUGCUAGUAAAAGAGAUGGAGUGCAUGGACCCCAGCGUUCUGAAAGGAGACCAAGGCUCGCGCAACAAAACAAAGGUUAACAUCGGGUUGUUGCUGGCCAACAGUCAGGUGAUCUUUGAAAAGGCUGAGAGUUCUCCCAUGACGCUAAUUGGAAAAUCUAAGACAAGGGAGUCCCGCCAAUCCAUCAUCAGUCCAGAUUGGAACUUUGAGAAAAUGGGCAUUGGAGGCCUCGACAAGGAGUUUUCUGACAUCUUCCGCCGAGCGUUCGCCUCGCGCGUUUUCCCUCCGGAUAUCGUGGAACAGAUGGGCUGCAAGCACGUGAAGGGUAUCCUGCUUUACGGCCCUCCGGGCUGCGGUAAAACACUGAUGGCACGGCAGAUCGGCAAAAUGCUGAACGCCCGCGAGCCAAAGGUUGUCAACGGGCCCGAGAUCCUCAACAAGUACGUGGGCGAGUCGGAGGCCAACAUCCGCAAGCUGUUCGCUGAUGCCGAGGACGAGCAGAAAAGGCUGGGUGCCAACAGCGGCCUGCACAUCAUCAUUCUGGAUGAGAUUGACGCUAUUUGCAAGCAGCGAGGCAGCAUGACGGGCAGCACAGGGGUACAUGACACUGUGGUCAACCAACUGCUGUCCAAGAUGGACGGCGUGGAGCAACUCAACAACAUCCUUGUUAUUGGAAUGACCAACAGACCAGACCUGAUUGACGAGGCCUUGCUCCGACCUGGACGACUGGAAGUCAAGAUGGAAAUUGGCCUUCCAGAUGAGACGGGCCGCGUUCAGAUCCUGAAUAUCCACACUGCAAAAAUGCGUCAGUUCAAGUUGCUUGCCAGUGACGUGGACAUCAAGGAACUCGCCGUGGAGACCAAAAACUACAGUGGUGCUGAGCUGGAAGGUCUAGUCAGAGCAGCGCAGUCCACCGCCAUGAAUAGACACAUUAAGGCUAGCAACACAGUGGAGGUCAACAUUGAUACGGCGGAAAAGCUGCAGGUCAGCAGGCUGGACUUUAUGGCCUCCUUGAACAACGACAUUAAGCCUGCGUUCGGCACCAACCAGGAGGACUAUGCCAGCUACAUCAUGAACGACAUCGUUUGCUGGAGCGACUCUGUGUCAGCCGUGCUGGAGGAUGGGGAGCUGCUGGUGAAGCAGACUAAGAAUAGCGAACACACGCCGCUGGUGUCGGUGCUGCUGGAGGGUCCGCCUAACAGCGGGAAGACUGCAUUGGCGGCUAAGAUCGCCGAAGACUCGCACUUCCCGUUCAUCAAGAUCUGCUCACCCGAUAAGAUGAUCGGACACUCCGAGAUUGCCAAAUGUCAAGCUAUUAAAAAGAUAUUCGAGGACGCCUACAAGUCUCAGCUGAGCUGCGUGGUGGUGGACGAUAUUGAACGUUUGCUGGACUACGUGUCCAUCGGGCCUCGCUUCUCCAACCUGGUGCUGCAGGCUCUGCUGGUCCUCCUGAAGAAGCCCCCUCCCAAGGGCCGCAAGCUGCUAAUCAUCGGCACCAGCAGUCGCAAAGAUGUCCUCCAGGAAAUGGAGAUGCUCAACGCUUUCAGCACUACCAUCCACGUUCCCAACAUCUCCAGCGGCGAGCAGCUAAUCGAGGCCUUGGAGCGGCUGGAAAGCUUCCAGGAGAAAGAGAGGGCGGCCAUCGCCAACGCCGUCAAAGGCCAGAAGCUCUGGAUCGGCAUUAAGAAGUUAAUAAUGCUCAUUGAAAUGGCUGCACAGAUGGACGGACACUACAGAGUUAGCAAGUUUUUGAGUCUGCUGCGAGAAGAGAGAGCGUAA